AUGCCGACCGCCUCGACCUCCUCGUCGCGUCGCCAUGACGAGGUGCCGCUCCUGCCCCUGUCCUCCUACGAGCGAGGCGCAACCGACCGCAAGGGCUCUCCGACAUCCAGCCUGCCGCCCUGUACGCCUCCCCCGCCUAGCGGCCGCCAGAACUCGUCGUCUCGCCUUCCACCUCGCCGCGGCAUCAUCUGGUCCACGCUCGCCCUCGUCUCGCUGUUCAUCUACGGCAUCCACGUCGCGUCGUCCGAGGGCAAGGGCGCUUCAUCUUCGAGCCGAUGGACGGCAUCGUCUUUUCGCGGCGCAGUCGUCCCAGCGCCGGCCGACCUCGACGCACGGUUCGAGCGGGCUCGUCAUCCGCUGUCGAGUGAUGCGACAACGCGCGAGCGCCUCGCGGCGUGGGAGCGGGACGCGCCGGGCUGGGGAGUCGAGGGCGCAGACUGGGUCCGCAAGAGCGACGAGUUCUGCCCGCUGUACCGCAUCCGGCCCGUCCAGAACUUCAACCAGUUUAACGACGCGCACGUCGCCUGGCAUUCGCUCAACACGUCGCACGUCAUGGGCCUGAGGCGCGAGAUGAUCGGCUAUCUGCGAGCGAGAGAGAAGGAGGGUGCGCUGAGCGAGGCGGCAUGGGGAACGGGUAAGGGUCUCGUCUUUACCGCCGGCAACGCCGACACCUUCUCGCGCGUCCUCAUCACGCUCAAGAUGCUCCGCAACCACCUGUACACGACGUUGCCGUCCGAGGUCUUUUCGUUCCCGGGCGAGGAGCCGAGCGAGGAGAUCCGCCGCGAGCUCGAGGCGCACGGUGCGCAGCUGCGUGUUGUCGAGGACGCGACGAGGGACCCGAGUCGCAAGAAGAACUUCCACAUCAAGGCUCCCGCCAUCAUCCGCUCGCGGUUCCGCGAGGUCCUCUUCCUCGACAGCGACAACAUCCCGACCGCGUCGCUCAUGCCGGUCGACUCGCCUGUACCUCGAGCUAUUCUCGACGCCGCCGAGGACGAGCGCGACCCGUGGAUGCGCUCGGCCGCCGACGGUCGGCGAGAGGAGGUUUGGGGCAAGCCUGCGGGCCUGUGGGAGUCGAAAGCCUACGAGCGGCACGGCGCCAUGUUCUGGCCCGACUAUUGGCGCACACAAGCCGACAACGCCAUCUGGUCCAUCAUCGGCGUACCCUGUCGCGACGAGUGGGAGCAGGAGGCCGGCCAAAUCCUCGUCGACAAGAGCCGCAACCUCGAUGCGCUCCUCCUCGCCGAGUGGAUGAUGGACUCGAGCCGGUUCAAGUUCUGGUUCAACCUGUCGGACGGCGACAAAGACCUAUUCCGAUUCGCGUGGUUAGCGCUACGCCGGCGUUGGGGCGUUCCCGGGCGAUAUGUCUCGGUCGGCGCUCUUCCUCGAAACACUGCGAGCGGCUUCUGUGGUCACACCAUGCUCCAGAACGACCACCUCGGCAAGCCCAUGUUCGUGCACGCCAACCUCCUCAAGCAGAUACCGUCCGGCGUCGGCCCCGGUAACGCUUGGGGUCGUCAUCGUCAAGUGCGCACGCAGCCCAACUCGCUCCCCCUCGGCUCGGGCGCGGCGACGUUCGGCUCGUCGCGCGCGCUCGAGACGAUCGAGCCGCUCGUCGACGAGGGCGUCGACUGCGACAUGCUCGCCGACGUGCGGGACAACGGCACGUCGCUCGGCGGUACGGCGUCGCCGAGGGGCUUUCAUGGCGGGUGGAACAUCGCUCUCUGCAUCGACACGCGGUGGGACGACCCUCGCUCGGACGACGAUCGCGCCGCGCCGCCGGCCUCGGACGGCUUCGAGGUCCGCUUCGACGGCGGCGAGGCUCUCGAGAUUGUCCAGUGGAGCGACGAGCCUCGGCUGCGAGGCUUCGAGGCGGCCUUCUUUGCCGAGGGCGGCAAGUUGAACGCGCAGGGUUUUUAG